CACAGUUGCUGCCGGUAAUUGCAGAUAUACGGGCACCCAUGUAUGGAAAAAUGAAUAAAUAAAGGCUGCAGUUUAAUUUCGGCGAACCCCACAAGAAUGUAUAGUGGUUCAUCGAAGCUUGGCCGCGGCGGUGGUGGCGGCCGAGGAGCCGGAGGCCCUCGUAACCGCCCUUCAUUCCCUCCCCCACCAGCCCACCGUCCUUCCUCCUCUGCCGGCCGCCUUCCGAUGGGUUCCGGUCCUCGCAACGGCGCCGCCACUGGCGGUGCAGCACCAGCACAGGCGGUGGAGGAAAGUUUCUCGCUUGUCUCCGGCAACAACCCUCUCGCUUUUGCCAUGAUUAUUCGCCUGACCCCGGAUUUAGUGGACGAGAUCAGGCGCCUGGAGGCUCAGAAACGAACGGCGAGGAUUAAAUUUGAUUCGAUUCCGAAUAAUCCCUCUGGGAAUGUUAUUGAUGUUGGUGGAAAGGAGUUUAAAUUUAUUUGGUCACCAGAUUCUGGUGAGCUUUGUGACAUAUAUGAAGAACAUAAAAGUGGUGAAGAUGGGAAUGAUAUGCUUGUUGAAUCUGGAUGUGCCUGGAGAAAGUUGAAUGUUCAGCGUAUCUUGGACGAGUCAACCACAAACCAUGUUAAGAAGCGGUCAGAAGAAGCUGAACGCAAGCAUAAAUCACGCAAAGCCAUUGUAUUAGACCAUGCAAAUCCGCCUCCGAAGAAUCAAAUCAAGCAAUUAGCUGCUGCUGAGGCUAGUCCAUGGAAGGCACAUUUUAAAAAGAAAGAGCCUCCUCCCAAGAAACGUAAAGUUGAGCCAGCUCAAGUUGGAGGCCCUAUCAAGUCUACAUAUAAAUCUGGAUCAGCUUCAACAGCUAUUGCAAAACGUUCUGUUUCACCCAAUCCAUCUCCACCUGAACGAUCUGGUGCUCCAGAAUCUCCCAGUGGAACUGGAAAAGCCCCCAAGAGUAAUGCAGGCAUGGAGGAUGUUAUACCUAGCCAAUUGAAGGGCAAAGAAAUUCCUACCAAAUCUGAGAAAGAAAUCCCCGUCAGGGUUUCUGGUGUAAUACCGGAGGCACCUGCACGAAAAGGAAAUAGUGAAGCUAAACCAAUGGAUUUGCAGAGUAUGCUGAUAACUUUACUAAAGGACAAGCCCACAGGGAUGAGCAUAAAGAGCUUGGAGAAAGCUGUUGGAGAUACAUUUCCUGACUGUGCCAAGAAGAUUGAGCCUAUUAUAAAGAAAAUUGCCAUUUACCAAGCUCCAGGAAAAUAUCUCUUGAAAGAAGGAGUUGAUUUGGAAGACCACAAAAAACAUUUAUCUGAAAGUGGAAGUUCCCCUGAAGACAACCAUCGCCAGAUACUUGCUCCACAUGACAACCAUGAUCGGUUGCCUGCCCCUGUGCCCAGUUUUGUGGAUAAAGAUUCUCUUGGUGAAUUGGAGGAACAGGGACAAUUGGAACAAAUUGAUAUACAACACUAUUCACCUGAUAUGGGUGGCGAGAAAAAAGCUUCUGACAAUAGCGAGGGGCAUGCAGGUAGUGGAAGUGAUAGUGAAAGUGACAGUGAUAGUGACAGUGACAGCAGUGAUACUGGGAGUGAAAGUGGAAGCCACAGCAAGAGCAGGAGUAGGAGCGGGAGCCCAGCAGGAAGUGGAAGUGGUAGUAGUAGUGACAGUGAAAGUGAUGCUUCUUCUAACAGCAAAGAGGGCUCUGAUGAGGAUGUGAAUAUAAUGACAAGUGAUGAUGAAAAAGAUCCAAAGCAUACUGAAGCAGGAGUCUCAGUGUCACCUACACCAGAAGUCAGGCCCUUGCAGAAUGGUGCAGAUGAAAAUCAAGAUGGAGAUGGAUUUGAUUCAGUUGACAUUGAAGGUCAUGGAUCAGAACCUAUUGACAUUGACGGUCAUGGAUCAGAACCAAUUGACAUUGGAGGUCAUGGAUCAGAUGCUGUUGACAUUGAGAAUGACUUGCUUGAUGAUGAACAGGAAAUUGGGAUGGCUGCUAAUUCUACUUUGCAUGAAGAAGGCAAGAAACCUGUGGAAGGAUCAAAACCCUCUUCAUCUUAUCAUGAUGAACUUCAGGAGCAUCAAAAUUUUAUUGGAAAUCUGUUUGAGGAUAACUUCCGGCAUGAACAAGCUGACAGCUCUGAGAGGAUAGCAAGAGUUAAGUCCAAAAGGAGCUCUGAUGCUAAGCAGUUUGAUGAGAAGUCUGAACAUGCUAAAAGAUUAAAAGCUGAAAGUUUGUCUCAGCCACCUAUUUCUGGGAGACAAGAUGACAAUUUUUUUGGGAGUCAUCAUAAGUUUUCUCCUAACAGACCCCUUGAUGACAGAGAAGCAAAUGCUAAUUUUGGCUCCGCAAAGGUGUCCAACCAGGUACAUCCUGCAAAAUCUAGUUCAGAUUUCCAGCAAUCAAGCCGUAGGUUUUCUGAUCAAAGCACACGUACAAAAGCUCCUGAUGUGUUAGAAAGGCCUAAUAAACAUACUGAGAGCUCAAGUUAUGGACGCAAAUUCUCUGAGAAGAAUGCACAUGAAGGUUAUCCAAUCCAUAAAGAUAAGGCUUCUAGGGAGAGUCAACAUGAGGAAACUUAUAUGAAGGGCAAAAAGAUAGCAAAAAAUACCAAGGAAGGUGGUGCUGGAGGCAAACAUUCAGUGCCUUCUGACUUCUACCACAGGAAACAUAGUGAAGUUGUAGGAAAAUUCAAGGAGGGUGCACAAUUUUCAGGCUUAUAUAUGGAAUCUUCCCCAAAAGAUAACAACAGGGUGGCUGCUGAUGGAUAUCCAGCUAAUGGAAGAAAUAACAUGCUUCAAAGAGAGCUUUCAGACUUGGAGUUGGGUGAGCUUCGUGAACCACCUGAGGAAACUCCAGUUAAGCAAUUUGACAGAAAAGGUUCCUUUAAAUUGUCAGAGAGCAAACCAAGCAUGUCAGAGAACUGUAACUCAGAUUUGCGCAAGGGAAAGCCUGUUGGGAAGAUAACUUGGGAUUCAGGAAAGCAAUCUCCACCAAAUUCAAGUGUUGGGGUUAAGAGGACCCCAGAACACCAUGGUGAAGUUUCCACGAGAUCCCAUCACAGGGGCACUCAAUCUCAGCCACAACACCUUUCAAGAGUAGAUCAUGCUGAAAUUGGGCCCCAGUUUAACAGAUCAGCUGAUUCCAGUGGUAAGUCCAGACAGAAUGAAACUGGAGCAAGAACGGGAGUUGGUCUAGAAGGCUAUGGUGAAAGCCAUAAGAAAGCAACACCAGGUGCUCCCCAACUACAGGAAUCUAAACCAGGAUCAAUCUCCCACUCCUUAAAAGAUAAAACACGGACAUCUAGUAUGGCAGACUUGACUGACGGACAGAGAGAUUUGGAGGGCAAUUUCCCAGGCCAAAAGAAAAGGGGAUCUUCUUCAGAUGAAGAUAAUUCCUAUUUGAAGUAUGAAAAGGAUGCUCCAGAGUACAAAGAGCCAAUUAGGGAUUUUUCUCAGUACAAAGAAUAUGUGCAGGAGUACCGAGACAAAUAUGAUUCUUACUGCUCCUUGAACCAGAUCUUAGACAGCUACAGGAUUGAAUUCGAAAAGCUGGGUAAGGACCUGGAGUUUUCCGAAGGUAACAUGGAGAAAUAUAAUAAAAUCGUGGCAGAGUUGAGGGAGUCUUACCGUCAAUGUGGAUCGAGACAUAAGAGGCUAAAGAAAGUAUUUGUUGUACUCCAUCAAGAACUAAAGCAUCUUAAGCAGAUGAUUAAAGACUAUGUGCUCUCCUAUACGAAAGAGUGACAGAUAAUUUACCCCAAGCCUCCUCAUGCCAGGCAAUCAACUCCAGUCAUGCCUGAGAUCACAUCAGGAAAACCCAUGUCUUGAACAGUGUUUCCAACAUUCAUUGUUGCAACCAUUUCCUGCUGCUUAUAUGGUAUCAAAGCUUACUGUAAAUGGUUAUUGAUGUCUCGGAUCAGACUUUGUUCCAGCACUUGGGAGUAAAGAUUGAAGGGUACAAGAAAUCGAUCCUGCCCAAACUAAGGUUUGUGCAUAAGAUGUAAAAUUUGUCAUUGCACCCAAAUUUUGUUGUAGGUUAUUGAUUUCGUGUUAACUUGCUGCAAUUUGCAAGCAACAAUUUUUCAUGAAAACAUAUGUACAAAUGUAAAAUGAUGGGAAUUUUUCUUUUAAAAAAAAAAAAGAAUCUGCAUUAUU